AUGGCAGUGACCGUGGACUCGCUCUUGACCUCUAUAUCUGAAGCUCUGAGCGCGGCACAUGUUCCCUGUGUUCUAUGGGGACACAUGAUGCUUGGCGUACACGGAGUCCCGACUAUGAUUGGUUCAAUCGACUUCGUAAUUGCAGAUGAGGACCUAGAGUCUGCACGUCAAGCCUUUGCUUUGCCAAAUUUGUCAAUUUGCAAAGAAGCACUAAAGUGUUUCAUGCUCUCCGGAGAAGACUCUAUACGGUUGCCAGCUUUGCAUAUGCAUGUGCAUACAUCUGAAUACGAAGUCAAUGUAUACCUUCAAUCCUCGACACUGUGGUUCUUGCCUUCACUCACGCAGUCGAUGCUCUCGGCACUGGCCCCGGCGCUUCCACCUUAUCUACUUCUCGCAUCAGAUCGAACAUCACUCCCACCAUACCGACCUGGUCGGGGCUGUGGUUAUUUACCGAUCAGCGAGCAUCCAAUCAUGGUUCCGCAAGCUGUCGUCUUCCUCGAGGCCUUUACACGGAUGCUUGCACUCGAUUUUGGAGCUCGAGAUGUCAGCCAGUGCAUAUACACGAUAUCAUAUGUCUCGCAGUACAUCGACGCAGAUGGUCUUCUCGAUCUUGAGGAGUUCCCUGAGCCGAUGAGGACAUUCUACGUGCAAUUCCGUCAAAAAAAUGGCAUGUAA